CUGGAAUUUCCCACCGGUUACGGGAGUCCGGAGGGUCCUGCCCACCCACGUCGCCUCCCGGGGCGCGAGCAGGACCCUGCCCCGUCUCCUUCAACACCCUCUUCCCGAGCUCCUUCGGACACAGGACUCGGCCUGGACACAUCCCAGUCAGGUGGCCUCUGAAGCCCGGUGGAGCUUCCCCCUGCUAAGAAGUGAGGGUCCUGCCCAGCAGGUGUUGGUGAGCCCAGUCUCAUCAGAAAUGGCAGCCUCAGCUCGCUUGGUUUUCCUCCUUACCCUUUGACGUGGAUGACUGUCUUGAGGGAGAAAAAGAAACCAGGAAGGGGCUUUUAAAACUUCUCAGUUUAUGUGUGUUUAGAAGAACUGUGCUUCUUGCCUGUUCUUUUAAACAGUUUUAAUUACAGCCCACCAAUUCUGAGAAGUAAUUCUGCUCAUUUUUUGCAGGUCUAAUAUUCCUGCCAUGCUCUGCUGAUUAUAGCACCAAAGUUCGGCUGUAAAGUGGUCCAGGGAAUUGAAGCCCUUAGCUUUGUUUUGGCGUCCCUUUCUGGGACCAUGUCCUUGUCAAAGUUCAGAAGUAAUCCGUGCUUUAGCGAAAGGGCUCUUCUUCUUAGACAUGGGUAGUUGAGGCGCUUCAGACAGUUUCUGGGAACGACUGCUAGUAUUUCUGCCGGUCGCUGUGUUACAGCCCUAGGGUCUAAACAGUGUUCUUAAAUAUCCCUUUUGAUCUCACAUACUGAGAAUGUUCCAACUUAUGGAUCCUGAGUUUUGAAGUCUCCGGAGCUUACCGAACUAACACAGAGUGUCCUCACUGGGUUUGAUGUUUGCUGAAGUCACAUCCACUUGCAGAAGGAGCAUCAUGGCCAGCCCAAGAACCAGGAAGGUUCUUAAAGAAGUCAGGGUGCAGGAUGAGAACAACGUUUGUUUUGAGUGUGGCGCAUUCAAUCCUCAGUGGGUCAGUGUGACCUAUGGCAUCUGGAUCUGCCUGGAAUGUUCGGGGAGACACCGUGGGCUUGGGGUGCACCUCAGCUUUGUGCGCUCUGUUACUAUGGACAAGUGGAAGGACAUUGAGCUUGAGAAGAUGAAAGCUGGCGGGAAUGCUAAGUUCCGAGAGUUCCUGGAGUCUCAGGAGGACUACGAUCCCGGCUGGUCCUUGCAGGAGAAGUACAACAGCAGAGCCGCGGCCCUCUUUAGGGAUAAGGUGGCCGCUCUGGCCGAAGGUAGAGAGUGGUCUCUGGAGUCAUCACCUGCCCAGAACUGGACCCCACCUCAGCCCAGGACCCUGCCGUUCACGGCACACCGAGCCUCUGGCCAGCUGCAGAGUGUGACCGCCUCCUCGGACAAGGCUUUCGAAGACUGGCUGAAUGAUGACCUCGGCUCCUAUCAAGGAGCCCAGGGGAAUCGCUACGUGGGGUUUGGGAACACGCCACCGCCUCAGAAGAAAGAAGAUGACUUCCUCAACAACGCCAUGUCCUCCCUGUACUCGGGCUGGAGCAGCUUCACCACUGGAGCCAGCCGGUUUGCCUCAGCAGCCAAGGAGGGCGCUACAAAGUUUGGAUCCCAAGCAAGUCAGAAGUUUUGGGGUCACAAGCAGCAGCCGGAGCCGGCGUCCGAGCUGGGCCACAGCCUGAACGAGAACGUCCUCAAGCCUGCGCAGGAGAAGGUGAAGGAGGGAAAGAUUUUUGAUGAUGUAUCCAGUGGGGUCUCUCAGUUGGCGUCCAAGGUAGGGAGCCUGCCGCAUGUGCGGGCACAGUCAAAGCCAGUCUCCAUAUUCCACGGCCCUGGGCGUGAGAGCAGGGUGUGCCCCGUGCAGCCCCCAGCCUGCCUUGGCAGUGGCCGCUGUCCUCUUGAGAUGGGAGGAGGGCUGCCCGGCCUGAUGGCCCGAGGCAUAUGGAAACAGCUUGGCCCACUGCAGCCCGGUCAGCCACUAACUGCCACUUCUCCUGCUCUUACCUUGCUGCCACUGGCCUUUUCCUCGGUCCAGGGAGUCGGUAGUAAGGGAUGGCGGGACGUCACCACCUUUUUUUCGGGGAAAGCAGAGGGCCCCUUGGACAGCCCCUCGGAGGGCCACAGUUACCAGAACAGCGGUCCGGACCACUUCCAAAACAGCACCAUAGACCAGAGUUUCUGGGAGACCUUUGGAAGUGCUGAGCCCACCAAGGCCCGCAAGUCCCCAAGCAGCGACAGCUGGACGUGCGCGGACACCUCCACCGAGAGGAGGAGCUCGGACAGCUGGGAGGUGUGGGGCUCGGCCUCCACCAACAGGAACAGCAACAGCGACGGUGGGGAGGGCGGGGAGGGUGCCAAGAAGGCAGUGCCACUGGCCGUGCCCGCCGACGAUGGCUGGGACAACCAGAACUGGUAGGGCCCACCGCGCCCCUGUCCCCAGCGCCCCCAGGCGACUUCAUGUUUGCACUCUGCCCUCAUCGUUCCUCCUCCUUUCAUUUGACCCAAGAAUCAGCGACUGCAGUGUGAGGACAGCGUCUCGGGAGGCAGGACCCCAGGGAGACUCAGGUUCUCACCGCCUGCCACGUGGGGUUCUCGGUGCGUGGGAGCGGCCUGCUCUCCAGCCUGGGCGGGGGCCAUCCCGUCCUACACUCCCCUGGGCAUUCUUGGACUCAAGGCAGGGGCUCUUCGUGGUUUGCUGGGAGGUGGGCUGCAGCACAGAGCCCUGUGACUGUUCACUACGCAGUAUCUCGGGGCUGGGACCAGCCCCGUGCCGAGCUGUCAGCGACGUGAGGUGUCCCUUCUCCUUGAGAUACUUAACUUUGGGUUUGCUCUAGUUCUUUCUUUUUGAAGAGAGUGACGGGAGUGGUAAAGAUGGAAACGCUAAAAGCGAUACUGGCGCUCACACUGCCGUCCGACCACCCUCGGCUCCCACGUCCACGCCUGCCUGGGCCUGUGCGGUCAAACCUGCGUCGGUCGUGACCCUCCGUGGCUUCACUGCAUCCGCACUGUCCAACCACCAAGUUCACCAGACACAGCCCCCACAAUAGCCACACCCACACCUGAGCUGUUCUCAGUGCUGGGACUUGACCAUCCUGGAACACCCUGGAAGAAAAAGGAGCGCAGGGUGGGCCCUCGGCCCUGAGGCAGGAGGGCACGACAGUGGUGUGGCCUGGCAGGAGAGCCCCGGGCUCAGGAGCUGAGCAGGGAUGCCUGUGCGCGGUGCCUGGGGCUGCCCUACAGACUGGUGCCCGCCACGUGCCGACCCUCACCUCCCCGAGGACUGGAUGAUGUGCUGCCGUGUGUGACUCAUCUCCGUUGCCCAGCCUGUGUGACCCUGGGCCUUGGCCAGCUGUGCAUGCACCCGAAGCUCGUGCAGUUUGUAUGUGAGGUGCUCUCUCCCCCGCCACCAUGCUCAUCACUGUGGCCUUGGCCACGCUCCUUGGUCACCCCACUUCCCGGUCACCGUCUGCAGCGCUCCUGGAGCAACCUGGGCCCUUCAGCCCCUGUGCUCGUCCCACCCUAGGGACUCAGCCACCCGCGAAACAGGAUGGGACAAGAUUUCGGCGAGUCCUCCUGGCGCCCGGGCCUCCCUGUGGGCACCAGCCCUCUUGGUAGCCGGUGUGGAGGGCCGGUGUCCUUGGCUGCCAUGGAGGGACUUGGUCACCGAAACAGCCAUCUGCUGUAAUUGGACCUGAAGUCAGGCCGGGGGUCAGAGGCUCAUGGUGCUGAGAAGCCACUGGGCAAAGUGGCCAACACAAAGGUCCCGGGAAGCCAUCCCCCGAGAGCUGAGCGUGAGGUCUUUGCGUCUUUCUCCAAGCUGAGACUUGGGUGUGCGGCAUGCGCGUGGUGUUUCCCGAGGGCUGCUUGGACCCUGGUGGGCUGAAUGCUCCGAGGAGGGGUGGACUCCACUGGACAGUGGGAUGUGGUGUUCCAUGUGCCUGUUUCCACGUCAGCACCUUUUGACUUGGCAGCAUGGAGCCAAGCUCUGCCCCCGCCCAGGAGGGUGCCUUUCUUGGGGGUAGGGGGACGGCCCCCUCUGCCUGCCCCAGAUCCCCUUUAAUGGGAGGUGCAGUCAGCAGUGUGGAGGUGUCUGGGCCACCUUCAGAAGGUGGAUGUGGUGGCCGAGACCCUAUCCACAGAGGGUGACGGCCUUUCCCUUCUGCAGGUGUGGGCAGGUGGGCCUGGGACAGGUGCUGGGGCCUCUCCUGGCUGUAUGUGAGGGCCCAUGUGGAAGGCGCGGACCUGACAGCAUUCCAAUAAAGCAUAGGGAACACGCAGAA